AUGACAAAUAAUUCUUCAUUCAUUUCUUUUUUUCCAGAACGUUAUCACAUGGCUUAUAAGUUUACCAAUUCUGAGUGUAAAAUUAUUCGAAAUAUUUUACAGUCACAUGGCUUCCAUGAGAUUCAUCCCAAUAGUUCAGAUUAUAACUUAGUAUGGUCUAAUGGCCAUCUCAAACCAUUUACAUUACGCAGUAUGUCAGAAUCCAGAAGA